AUGCCUACUGGAAUAAUACAACCCUCGAAUCAAAUCAAGUUCACCAACUUGGCGGUGGUGCGCAUAAAAAAAGGCAAGAAGCGCUUCGAACUUGCCUGCUACAAAAACAAAGUCAUGGACUGGCGGAAUGAGGUGGAAACGGACCUUGACAAUGUCUUACAGGUCCGCACAGUCUUUGCCAACAUCAGCAGAACCCAGGUUGCAUCCAAAGCCGACGUCGCGAAAGAAUUCUCCGGUAUGGAUGAAGAGGAGGUCCUCAGGUUCAUUCUUAGGAAGGGAGAACUUCAGAUAGGGGAGAAGGAACGUCACGCGCAGUUGGAUCGUGUGCGCAACGAGGUCAUCAGCAUGGUCGCCGCAAAGAUUGUCGACCCGAAAACCAAGAGAGUCUACCCGCCGACGAUGAUCGAGAAGGCGCUCGACCAGUUGAGCACACAGGCCGCCCGACAGCAGACCGGCAAAGCGGAGAGCGGAGAAAACGCGCAACUUCCAAAGUGGACCGGUGUCGUCCCUAACAAGGAGGCCAAACCACAAGCCCUUGCUGCUGUGAAAGCGCUUGUCGCCCAUCAGCCCAUACCUGCAAUGAGUGCUCAGAUGCGGCUGCGAGUGAUCUGUCCUACAUCUGCUCUCAAGCACACCCUCAAGCCUGCUGUAAAAGCCGAUGAUUCCGAGGACGUCAGCAAGGGUGAACAAAAAACGCAGACCGUCAAAGAUGCCAUCAAGAGUUCUUUUGUCAAGACCGAAAGUGAGGAUAUUGGAGGCGACGAGUGGGAGAUUGUCGGCAUGGUUGAGCCAGGCACAUUAAAGCCACUGGAGCAACUGAUCGCCUCGCAAACCAAAGGAAGGGGCCGAGUCGAAAUCAUAGACACAGUCAUACAACAAGACGAUUUCUGA